AUGCCGUCAAGAUCCGUCGCCAUCAGGAACAACGCAGAUAGCGCCGCCACCACCGGCCUUAGCAGAAGCCGAAGGCAAGUUUUCACCCAGAUCAGUUCGAACGGAUCCAACUCUCGUGCACAGGCCGCCGUCACCACCAGCACCACCAGGCAGACCCUGGAGUACCGGCAGAUCAGCGAGCCGCCGGCACCACCGCAUCCAGAUCGCCGGCCACGCCGGGCCGCCGCCAUCCCCCGCGUCGUCCGGGUCAGAGACGGAGCCGCCGACCGCGCACAGGGAUCGCCCCCUCCUGCACACGCCGGAGCGCCGCCGAGAGCCCAGCGCCCGCCAUCGCUUGCCGAGGCCAACCGCCGCACGAGCACUGGCGCCACCGUGGAGCCAUCAGAUUGGGGAGGAAGACGUCGCCCGCCGACCACCCUCGCGGACCCCGCCGCACGCCCGAGCGCCGGCGCCACCGCGGCGCCAUCAGAUCGGGAGGAGGAGCAGUCCGCGCCUCGCCGCCCCGCGCAGACCACGCCGCCGCCAUCGCCGCAACGCCACCAAAGGGGAGCCCCGCAAAUCCGCCGGCGGCCCGACCUGCCGCCGAGCCGAGGGCCGGCCGUCCCGCGCCACCCAGGCGCGAGGAGGGAGGGAGCCCCGCCGCCGCCGACGCACGCGCGGGCUUUGCCCGGUGGCGUCCCCUAG